GGACGAGGAUCUUCCCGGUAUAGCAAUGAUAGAGAGACAAAGGACACCACAUAGUUUUCCAACACAGCAGACGUCAGCGAGUGGGAGCCGGCGCCGCAAUAAACAGAGCCAGCCGCGUCGUCCACCAGGCGAGGAUGAGCAUGGUCCUCCUGUGGGUUCGUCCCGCCGGAUGGAGUGUGCUGGACCGUCUCAACCGUCCCGCCGGCAAGACCAAGGCACCCCUGUCAUCACAUACAAAAGGAAGGCCCUGACAACUCGUCCCUCUCCCAAUUGCCAGAAGGACGAAGGGGGUGCGUCCUGGAAGGCGGUGCUGCGGGAGAUCAGCGAAGGAUCGGACGAGGAAACGGAGGAUGAUUCUAGGAUAUGUGUUGGUCGACAUCCAGAGGGUAAUCAUGGCGUCGACGAUGACGAAUGUGGUGUCGAUGAGGACGACGUCGAAGAGGAGAACAACGAGAGGGAGAGAGAGAGAGAGGAUCGUGAGGAAUCUAUGCACGACUGCGAGGGUGGGGAGUUUCAACAAUACUAUGAGGACGACGGGGGCGAUGGAGAAAACGAUCAUUUCUAUCCUGUAGGUGAUGACGAUGGACGGCAAGAGCAGUCGGCUGAUGUGGGGGUCGACGACGCAACAGGAGAGCGGUCGGAGGCCAGUGUCCAGAAAAGGAAGCGACAAUCUUCAACAAGUCCAACGGCGGAUAAGCGGGCUGCGAAGAAACUCACUGUCGCUGCAUCUCGACAGACGCUCAAAGCUUCUCAAGAGGCGGUCGCUGAAAGCGUGAAGAAACGAAAAGGGUCCGCGUCGACAAGGGCGACAAAAGCGGACAAACGUCCACCGAAAAGAAAGCAGAUGGUGGAUGAGGGUGACUAUGGAGAGGAUGCCGAAGGGGUUCCUCCAAGAGAUGUGUCGGAACAGACACAACCUUCCGCCAACACCUGUGAUGAAGCCAUUGACACAAUACGGUGCUUCUUCUUGGAGUUCGAUGAAGAUGGGUUUGCAAAGAAGAAAAGGGAACACAUUUAAGUGGACGUCACGAAGAUCUUGCCAAUCCCUGAAGCUGACAUCCUCUUCAACCAGAGAACGU